AAAGUGUGAAGAUGUGUGCAAGAACGACUGGAGAGUACAAGGAAGAAGUUCGUGGACCAAAAAAGGAGGAGGAGCCACAACGUCACCUACUGGACGCUGUGUUCAAUCUGCAGCCUCGAAUUGUCCUACGCAAAGCAGAUGUCAGUGAAAAUCUUCAUCCAGAGCAACAGCAGUCAGUGUUGUGUCACGUCAAAGAGGAAGAGGAGGGUGAAGAGGUACAAUGCAUCAAAGAGGAGGAGGAAGUGUUCCGACACAUGAAAGAGGAAGAGCAGGAAGGAACCUUUGAAAGAUCACAAACAGACGAUGAUGAUGAUGAUGAUCAUCAUCAUGAACAGUCAGAAGGUGAUAUGACAUGUCAUAGUGCCAACAAAUGCUGGGAAUGUUCUCAGUGUAGGAAAACCUUUGCUUCUAUGAGGUAUUUAAAAAAUCACAUGAAAAUACACACAGGUAAGAAGCCUUUUGCAUGCUCAGUUUGUGGUAAAAAAUUCACACGGAAGGAACACUUAAAAAUACACAAAAGGACACACACUGGUGAGAAACCUUUUUCCUGCGCAGUUUGUGAUCAAAGAUUCACUGAGAAGGGAAAAUUAAGAAUACACACAAGAACACACACCGGUGAGAAACCUUUUUCCUGCACAGUUUGUGGUCAAAGAUUCACUCGGAAGGAACACUUAAAAAUACACACAAGAUCACACACUGGUGAGAAACCCUUUUCAUGUCCAGUUUGUGAUAAACAAUUCACUGAGAAUAGACAAUUAAAUAGCCACACAAGAACACACACUGGUGAGAAACCUUUUUCCUGCGCCGUGUGUGGUCAAAAAUUCACUGAGAAGGGAAAAUUAAGAAUACACACAAGAACACACACUGGUGAGAAACCUUUUUCCUGCUCAAUAUGUGGUCAAAGAUUCACUCGGAAGGAGCAGUUAAAAAUACACACAAGAUCACACACUGGUGAGAAACCUUUUUCAUGUCCAGUUUGUGAUAAACGAUUCACUGAGAAGGGACAGUUAAAAAGCCACACAAAAACACACACUGGUGAGAAACCUUUUUCCUGUGCAGUGUGUGGUCAAAGAUUCACUCAGAAGGAAUGCUUAAAAAGACACACAAGGACGCACACUGGUGAGAAACCGUUUACAUGCUCAAUUUGUGGUAAAAGCUUCACUCAGAAUGCAAGUUUAAAAAGACACACAAGAACACACACUGGUGAGAAGCCUUUUUCCUGCUCUGUUUGUGGUCAAAGUUUCUCUCAGAAAGGAAAGUUAGAACUACACACAAGAACACACAUUGGCGAGAAACAUUUUUUUUGCUAAAUUUGUGGUCAGAGAUUCACUCAAAAGGAAUACCUAAAAAUACAUACAAGAAAUCACACUGGUGAGAAACCUUUUUCCUGCUCAAUUUGUGGUAAAAGAUUUGUGUGAAGGAAACGUUAAAAAUACACACAAGAACACACACCGGAGAGAAUCCUUUUUUCUGUUCUGUCUGUGGUCAGAGAUUCACUCAAAAGGGAUGUCCAAAAAUACACACAAGAAUGCACAGUGGUAAGAAACCUUUUUCCUGCACAGUUUGUGGUCAAAGAUUCACUCGGAAGGAACCCUUAGAAAUACACACAAGAACACACACCGGAGAGAAACCUUUUUUCUGCUCUGUUUGUGGUCAGAGAUUCACUCGGAAGGAACUGUAAAAAUUUACACCAGAACGCACACAGGUGAGAACCCUUCUUCGUGCUCUGUUUGUGAUCAAAGACUUUCUUCUAAGUGUAAGGCUGAGACACACAAGUGUGCCGGUAGGAAAAGCCAUCAUCAAGGAGCUGGAAAAGUAUAAAUUGAAAGUAAUAGAUACUUUUCAUUGACGUCACGCCGACCACGUAUUUUUGUUUAAAACGCCAUUUUGGAUGGCAAGAUCGUGUCUACAUAUCAUGGCUAGGAAGCAAUAAGUGUAAACUAUAAUGUUUUAGCGACGGUUAUCGUUGGAUCUUUUGUCUUGAAAGUCCUUUGACAAACAAACACUGGAACCAGAGGUGAUUGAGGCACUUGUGCUGGAGUGAUAAAUAAAUAAAGAAGCCACAUGUGAAA